UCAGCCAAUCAGCGUGUACCUUCCUCAGUGCUGGGAGAAGUUAGCUGUCGGCUGGCAGUCUGGUCCGGAGCCACGAUGGAUGCAGUACCAUGCCUUCUGGUCGUCCUCCUGUUCUGGACAAGGAUACAAGAAAAAAACGCCCUGCAGUGUUACUGUGACCGUUGCAGUGCCAACUCCAGCUGCACGACUGAUGGCGUCUGUUUCGUCGCCAUCCGCAAGUCAGGAAUCCGGUUUAUCACCGAGCAGCGCCAGUGUGUACACGAAACUGAACUAAUCCCGCGAGACCGGCCCUUCAUCUGUGCCCCGUCUGUCAAACAUGACACAGGCAUUUACCCAAUGUGCUGUACCUCAGACUACUGCAACAAAGAGCCCAAACCGGAAAACUUCCCUGUCCCCACAGUAAAGACUCCACCUCUGGGCCCCGUGGCCCUCGCAGCAGUGAUUGCUGGCCCGGUGUGUGUGCUUUGCCUGCUGCUGGUCUUGGCGUUCUAUGUUUGCCACAGCCACAGGGGUCUGGGGGCCGGAGGUGCUGGGGCCCAUCAUCACCACCACCAUCGGGUGCCCAACGAAGAGGACCCUUCCAUGGACCACCCCUUCAUCACUGUUGGAACAACUCUGAAGGACCUCAUCUAUGACAUGACCACCUCGGGCUCUGGAUCAGGCCUGCCGCUGCUGGUCCAGAGGACCAUCGCCAGGACCAUCAUCCUCCAGGAAAGCAUUGGGAAAGGGCGUUUUGGGGAGGUAUGGCGGGGUAAAUGGCGUGGUGAGGAGGUGGCUGUGAAGAUCUUCUCUUCCCGCGAGGAGCGCUCCUGGUUCCGUGAGGCUGAGAUCUACCAGACUGUCAUGCUGAGACAUGAGAACAUUCUGGGCUUCAUCGCUGCUGAUAACAAAGAUAACGGAACGUGGACUCAGCUGUGGCUAGUGUCUGAUUACCAUGAACACGGUUCCCUGUUUGACUACCUGAACCGCUACACCGUCACUGUGGAGGGCAUGAUCAAGCUGUCCCUGUCCACAGCCAGCGGCCUCGCCCACCUCCACAUGGAAAUAGUGGGCACACAGGGUAAGCCAGCUAUUGCCCACAGAGACCUGAAGUCAAAGAACAUUCUGGUCAAGAAGAACGGGACUUGCUGCAUCGCUGACCUGGGUCUAGCCGUCCGCCAUGACUCAGCCACCGACACCAUUGACAUAGCUCCCAACCACAGAGUGGGAACCAAAAGGUAUAUGGCACCAGAGGUCCUGGACGACUCCAUAAACAUGAAACACUUUGAGUCUUUCAAGCGAGCUGACAUCUACGCCAUGGGCCUUGUCUUCUGGGAGAUUGCCAGCCGCUGCUCUAUGGGAGGUAUCCAUGAGGACUACCAGCUGCCCUACUACGACCUGGUUCAGUCAGAUCCAUCAGUGGAGGAGAUGAGGAAGGUGGUUUGUGAGCAGAAGCUUCGGCCCAACAUUCCCAACCGCUGGCAGAGCUGUGAGGCCUUGCGGGUGAUGGCGAAGAUAAUGAGAGAGUGCUGGUAUGCCAACAGCGCCGCCCGACUCACGGCUCUCCGAAUCAAGAAAACCCUCUCUCAGCUCAGCCAACAGGAGGGAAUCAAGAUGUAGACACAAACCAAACGCGCGCACGCACACAACACACACACACACACACACACACACACACACACACACACACACACACACACACACACACACACACACUCUGACUGUCAUCCAUAUCCUUAGCAUUACGGCAUUACUAUCGCCAUUAUUAUUCAUCGAUUGUUCCUCCCCUUUGUUUUGAAGGGAAGUGAAGACUUUUCCCCCUUGUGCUCUUUUUUUUCUUUUCCCAUCUCAUUCAUUGACAAACUGAUCAAGUCCCGCACCUGAAAAUGAGGAACUGUUCGUGUAUGUGUGUGUUGCACUGGGAAGACAUAUGCACAUGACUGGCUGGAUGGAUGGAUCUAAUGAGGGAUGGUUGUGUCUGAGGGGGAUAACAGGGGGGCAUUAAAGGAAGCCCCAACUCAUCGUCCUCCAUCUUCCUCUGCUACAUUCAUCACAUGAAGUCUCUGAAAGACUCAUUGGGGCAACUGGUGUCCAUCUCAAGUCCGCUGCUCAUCACACCCAACAAAUAAGGCUCAGAUCCCGUCAGGUAAAGAAAAGGCCAGACAGGCAGCUGGCAAUCACCAGAGGGGCCUCUGAGCUGCCAGAGCUUCGCUCUCAUCGCCCCACAUCUUCAUCAUCAUAACACAUUUGUAUAUUAGCAUGUCAUUCUUCACAUCAGAGAUUUAAGCUACACUUCAGUAGGGCUGCAAAUUACUCAUUUACGUCUCUGAAUAAUGUUGGGAAUUGUGAAAAUUCAAACGUCCUCUCAUCAGAAACACAAAUGUGUUUAGAAGUGUUAAUGGAGAUUUUGGAGUCAUCCAAACCACCUGUCAUCAGCGCAAUACGUUCUUUAACAAAUAUAACUAUGUGCACUGAUCCACAAUACUAAUGUGGCAUGGUUUUAGGGUAACCGCUCCAGGAGUUUACAUAUGUCAGUACAGUGAGGGAUGGACUGGGAGGCAGCGCUGGUCCUUGCAGUGGUGUGUGGAAAAGUUUUUACCACUACUGAAUAGUUAAUGUUGAUAUUUCUUUACCACUUAAUUUAUAGCUCUUUUUUUUUGUUAUUUUCUGUCCAUCUUUUCCAGAAUCUCAUGUUGUGCUAACCCAUUUGGUCCUUUCCAGAUCGAAGUAAAAAAAUCAGGCUGUCCAAUUGGGAUAGUGAAAGUCAGCAACUGAAAUUCUUAAAACUUGAACAUGGGGGCAUCAAGGAUAAGCAAUCAAGCCUAAAUGAAAUGUAUUGGCCCUCUGUUCUAUCAAGUUCAGUGUGGCUCAGGGGGUAGAGCAGUCGUCAAUUUAUCAGAAGGUCGGUGGUUCAUGUCGACAUGUAGUUGGGCGACACCAGAUAGCCUAGUCACAGCUUCUAACCUGCCCACUCAUCAUAAAAGUAGCCCCGCAUUAGAUGUAGGUUUAUCAACCAUCCAACAGUUCAGGAAAAUCCAAAACCAUGGUUAUAAUACUUAAAGAUGAUCUCCAUCAAGUCUUUUGAAUAAUAUAACACUAUGUUAAAAGAAUCUGUACUUAAAUGAACUGUUGUAAGCUUUUAUGAAGCUUUAACUCAACGUUGACUGCAUAAAAGGGCAGAAAAUUCCUGCCUUGUUGUAAUCUACUAAAUGUCAGUGGGUUUUGUCCAUCAUCAGUUAUCAGACGUUGCAUUUGAGACUACUGAAUCCCGUGUCCUGUCAAAUUACUCAUUGUGGAAAAACUGCCCACAUGGUAAAAAAAAUUGUCUAAAUUAUCACAAGCAACUCAAGAACCUUUUUACCUGCCCUAUCAAAUAAAACAUAGUUCAGUUGGGCCAACAGUCUGGCAGCAAUGAUCAUGUAUAACCUCAUAAAUGAGACAGUUACAUGUUUCAGUAUAUACAUUUAGUGGUGUUUAAAUUUCAGCAUUAAGUAGUGGUUACAUUUUAGAAUGAGAUAUUAGGUUGCUUAUAAAAUUGAAAUGAUUAUAUAUUUCGGCUUCCGUAUGCACGGCGUGAGAAAAGCAGUUUAAUAUCAAAAGAUUAAAUGGUCAUUUGCUUGAGUUAAAAUCUAAAAGGCAUUCUUGGAAAAAAUAUGCACUGCACAUUUAGUUCAACACGCCUUGUGAAAUAUACAGAUUCAUGCAUUCACCUUAAACACAUUGUUCUUGUGGUUAUUGGUGUGCUGCUAGAAAAGGGGGCAGCAGAAUGACCGUCAGGGCUGCUAUACACAAUUCCUCCUAAUCUCCAAGCUGACAGUGACUCAGCCAUGAUCAUCAGUAUUUCAUAGUAAAGAUGAUUCAACACAGAAAACAGCUUUGACGUGAAGUUGUUUGCAGCCCUACUCUGGAGUUCUAUUACAGUAGCAUUGGGCACUGAAGUCUGUAAGCCCGCUGAGGUCCAGACAAACAGUGGCUUCAUCUGUUCUUCAUCUAGUCGAGUUGUAAGCAGGAUCUCUCAUCUCUGCAACAAUUUUGCACCUGUUUUUUCAUUUGUUACUGUUGCAUUUCCACGUCUCCUUCUGUAAUGGUAGGGAGUCGGACAGGUCAGUUUUAAUUUAUUGUGUUUUUAAAUUUUCUUUUUGGUGGCAGGGGAUCUUUUUUGCAAAACUAAACUGGACAUGAUGACCUCAUUCAUUUUUGGCAAACAUGCUGCAACAUAUGCAAUAUACAGUAGAUAAAUGUGUCUAUUUUCUAUACUCUGCUCUGCUGAACCACAAACAACAACAACAGCAGCAACAACAACAAUUAGCUGCCACCAUGCCUUCCAAGCCAGCUGUAACCGGAAAGUGCCAGUGCUUUUACAACCCGACUCCUCUCAUGUCGGCUGCUGUGGAGUGUGUUUGCUCUUGUGUGUAUGCAGCACUGUGCGUGCGUGUGUCAGAGAAGGCCUGCGUGAGCCAUGCGGCGCAUACAGCAAGCUCGUACUAUGCACACCCAAGAAGUAGGGAAGGAAAGCAAGAAGGGACACACACCGCACAUCACAGCCCCACAGCCCAGCCGACUCUGGUGCCAUUUCGUCAACCCCACCCCCCCCGCCUGAACACCCAACCACCUCAGCAACAACUCAUUGUACAGCAGUCUGGAAACUGAGCUCCAGCACCUCAAACUGUAUUAGUUGGAAAACCGAUGCUACUGAAGCGCACGGUGGCUUUAGAAAAGAGACACAAAGAAUUGUUAACAUUACUGAUGUUGCCCUAUAAAUGUAAACUCUUGGAUUUCUUAUUUUGGUUCUUCUCACGUGUUUGCGCCGUUGACAGCGCAGCAGCGCAAAUCAACCUUUCAAGUGUUUUCUUCUUUUGUAGGAUAAUCAACAAAUAUGAGGUACAUUCAUUUAAAUAUAGCAAAUGGAUAUUUACUAAGCCAUAGUUUUUCCAGAUUGUGUAUUAUUUUAUUUUUUUUUGUGGCAAGGUCUUUUUCUACUAGAAUGUACAUUUCUGAAAAACAAAAGAUGAAAAAAAAAUAUGAGUAAAAGCUUAGCAAGCCUUAAGGGACCAACACAUAAGAGUCAGGAUCUGCCCCCCCCCCCCCCCCCCCUUUUUUUUAUGAAAAAGAAUAUAUAAAAGUGUGUGUGUACAUAGCACCUGUUGUUGAAAUUGCCAUACAUCUAAACCCAUUUGAUCUUAUUUUACAGAUUUGCAUGCAUUUAAGUUCCAUCAAAAGCACUUGUCUUCUAGUACACAGGUCACAACCAAGUCCAUAAUGAGGUACACAAAGUGUUCACCUGUCAGUACAUCCAGUAAAUCAAAUCUGCAGAGAGUCAAUUGCUCAAAGAAAUCCCACAGAGUCACUUAAUUGGUCCGCAAUAAGUGCACUUCUGGGCCACUGUGGGGUUUAUGUGUGUGGCAAUUCGGGUGUCGGUGAGUCAGUCUGUCUCCAUUGCUUGUCUUUAUGGUUACAUAAUGUGUUGAUGUGCUGCUACUUAGUUGUCCGCCUCACUUUCUGAGUUGAGGUGAGAGCUGUCGUUGGAUGUAAAUAUCCUCGGAUUGCCUGAAUCUGAUCAAUUUGUGCCAUGUUGCUCUGAAGCAAAUCCAGCCCAUCGUCAUUUGGUAGCCAGUAAAAGAGUUGUCAGCCACCCCACCACCCUCUGCAGCAGCUAAUUUCACAUAAGAGUUCUUCCCCUCUAACUCAAAGUGCUGAUCAGUUUAAUCAGCUGCUUUGUUGUUCAGGUAGAACAGAAAACUGCAGCCUCCAUUGUCCAUGGUGGAAAACCUUGGUGCCAAUCUAUCGAUGGGUAUCAGAUUAGCUAGGGCAUCUCUCUGCUGGGAUGCCCACACAUAAAACAUCUGCUGGAAAUGCAUUGAAACAUACAUUAUAUGGACAAAAGUACUGGGACACCUACAGGAAUAAUAAUGAUAUCCCAAAUCUAUAGGCUCUCUACAAGAUGUUGGAGUGAGUCUGGGAAUUUUUGCCCAUUCAUCCAGAAGAGCAUUUGUGAGGUCAGACACUGAUGUUGGAUGAGAGGGCCUGGCUGGAAAUGUCUGUUCUAGUUCAUCCCAAAGGUGUUCAAUAGGAAUGAGGUCAGGGCUGUCUGCUAGCCAGUCAAGUUCUUCCACACCAAACUCACCCAGCCAUGCCUUUAUGGACCUUGCUUUGUGUACUGGCGCACAGUCAUGCUGGAACAGAAAAGGGCCUUCCCCAAAGUGGUCCCACAAAACCCCAUAGCCUUAUCCCUCCUCCCCCAGAAUUUACAGUUGGCACAAUGUAGUCGGGCAGGUGUCGUUCUGAUAUUCACCAAACUCAGACUGAUCAGAUAGAGGAGUGUGAUAUGUCACUCCACAGAACAUGUUUCCUCUGAUCCAGAGUCCAGUGGCGACGUGCUUUACGCCACACCAUUCGACACUUGGCAUUGUGCUUGGUGAUGUAGGGAUGCAUGGAGCUGCUUGGCCUUGGAAACCCCUGCCAUGAAGCACCCUGUGCAGUUUUUGUGCUGAUGUUAAUGCCAGAGGAGGUCUAGAACUCUGCAGAUAUUGAGUCAGCAGAGUGAUGGCGAGACUUUUACACACAAGUUUGCCUCAGCACAUCGCGAUCCCACUCUGUAACUUGAAGUGGUCUGCCACUUCGUGGCUGCGUAGCUUUGGUCGCUAAACACUUCUACUUAUAAUAAUAAUAAUAAUAAUAAUAAUAAUAAUAAUACCACUUACUGUUGAUUGUGGAAUUAAUCUAGCAGGGAAGAAAGUUCUCAAACUGACUUGUUGCAUUGGUGGAUAUAUAUAUAUAUAGGCCAUGGGACUGAAUGUAACACCUGAAUUCAAUGAUUAAGAAGUAUGUCCCAAUACUUUUGACUAUGUAAUGUAUUCUUCUAGAAGCUGAAGUCUAGAGGAUGGGGUAGGAGAGCAAAGACAUACAUUUUUGACGUAGUGAUUUCUUUAGUAAAAAAAAAUCUGUUGAAGCCCUGAUGCAGCUGAUAAUGUAACAACCGAUGGAUAAUGUCAAAAUAUGCAAACUACACCUCUAAAAAGUGUAAUAAAACUUUUUGAGCAUUUCAUAAUGAAUGUUAAUAUAUAAUGUAAUAGCAGUACUAACGCACCUCAUCUAAGGCAUUCAUUCCCUAUCAGAGGAAGCCUAGUGCCCACUACUUCAGCAUUUUUGUUCACAAUUGAUGGUCUGUGGCAGUCCCUGCUUCAGUGGAAUGGCUAUUGGGGCAUUUGGGCUUUACACUUCAUUCUUGACCUCAGAAACGACCUUUUACAAAACCGUCUCCGGUCAAUGUCCACUUACUGGCUUGUUUCCAUCUUUUGACUGUAUUGCACAGUCUUUAUCAGUAGAUGAAGUUCUGUCAGCCGACUCGUGAAACACACCAUUAUAUAAAUGUUGCAACAGCAUCUGCUAAUGAAGACCGUAGACUGAAGAACCAGACAGUCUGCAUGUUUAGUUAGCUGAAAUAAAAGAACAUUAUCCAGAGCCUUUAAACCGUACAAAACAUUUCAAACGUGAUGUCCAUUUUAGUGAAAGUUACAUUAUCAGUUGCUACAGGCUUUAAUCAGUGAUUCUCCUGUUCUCUAUGAAAAUUUAACCAUGACAAAAAAGUAAAUUUAAAAUAAAAACAAUGUUGUGAUGUAUCCCCCUUUACAGUUCGCGGUUUAGAGUUGUACUUGUGAAUGAAGUAUCCCUAAAUAUGUAGAAAUGGUCAGCAGUGGCAUAUUAAGCCUUGUAAACAGCUCAUGGAAUAAACAAAAAAAGAAAGCUAUCCUGAUAUUUGAUGAAAGUAAAGUGAAUAUUGCUGCUAUGUUUAAAAACAAAAGGGUGUCAGGCUAUACUGAAAUAAAUGUGCACAAAAGUGGUCCUAUUAGUAGGGGAAUCUGGUGCUUGCCAGGGAAGACCAGGGCCAAGGAUUCAUCUUUUUAAGCCAUGUGGGUUUGGUGGCAGGGCUGGGGUUUGGUGGUGGUGCAGGAAACUAAAUUUCCAAAUCUCAAAGUAUCCCUUUAAGUAAGACCUGGCUAGCAGUGCUGGGCCUUUGGGUGGGAUCGAGACUGUAGAUUAUGUGUAUUUCAUUAGCAGUGUCAUUCUCUGGGACAUUAGCAACAACAAAAGCUCAACUCAACAGCACCUCUGCUAUGCCUCUACUAGGACAACUUUCAUUCUGUCUUAAAGUCACCAGCAGCCUUGUACUUUUUCUUUUGAAAACCCAAGAUGACUUAACUGUAAAAAGACAUGUUUGCACCCAGCUGUUUUUCUCUUGUGGUCUUUAUACAGCAGUUUUUCUGUUCUUGAUUCAAUCUUGCCUUUCUCUCUUGUCAUUCCAUGUUCUCUAAUUGACUUAACAGAUAUCUCCCAGCUACAAGUGCCACACUUCACUGCAGCCGGUUCCCCGGCUUCACAGCUCCGUACCGCGUGAACCAACUCGCAUCCAUCCCUGCCUACUUUUUUCUCUCUCUACACUCAGAGACUGGGGUAUGUUUGAAACAAAGAUUGUUCGUACGACGCAUUGAAUCGUACAAAUGGGGAUAACAGCUCACACUUUCAGAUAGUCUGUCCUCAGACAUUCCUGGUGUUGCACAGAACAGGUGGCGCAAGUAGUUUGUGUGGAGAAUGAUCAAGGAGUGCUUGAGAGAGAUGUUCAGACUUUCUCACCACUGCUUACCUGGCCAAUCACUGAAGUGGACGUGCUUGUCAGUUUGUUGCUUUCAGAAAGUUACUGAAAUUGUACAGUCUUUAUGUACAGUGGCAAGCACUUAGUUUGAAGCAUACUGAUGCAUUUUUAAAAAAGUACUCCAUGAAUUUAGCAUUAAAGAAAGAUUCAAAAUCUGCAGCAGAACCAGAGACACGUUUUUGUUAUUCCUUCCUCCACAUCUGAUAUUGCUUGUUCAUUUCUGAAACCACCAUUCUAAUGGAGGAGAGUCUCAAAGUGUGUUCUGUUAUCUCGCAUCAAAUCUUGGUUCGCUGGUCUACACCGUGGAAGGUUGGGAAUGGGAGCAGCAACGUGGCUGAGCCAUUUUGUGACUCAAACCCAACAAAUGAGAUGCACUCGGUUUGGUAGGUCUGGUGAAAUAUGCAGCCUUUUUACACCAAGAAAGGCCCAAAACAAGCAGUUUGUUUCUGCUCUGUGUGCAUUGAUGGGGGGCCAACAUAAACUAUGCCAGCAGCUCUACCGCUUCAAACCACGCACUGAGUAAUUCCCACAGCUGUGAAUGUAUCGGCCCUCUCAGAGUCUCCAACCAAUCAGAGCACAACCUGCGUAGCUCAGCCCAAAGGUCGUGCCAGCAACUUUGUUAGCAUGGAAAUAUCUGCCGCACGGGUCUGUUUAUAUCUCUUUCUCUUGUUAUGCAAAGUCUGGGCCAAUCGUGUCUGCCCACUCAGUCCCUCUGGAUCACACAGGCUGAACGACCUAUCUAUGCUAGCAUGAUCCACACACUGUGAUGAAGAAUGCGUUAGGGUCAAAGCGUUAUCACGUUCUCCCUUCAUGGUUGCCCUCCAUCGUCUCAGAGACCUGCUGGAUGAUGGUUCAGGUUGAUGCGAGGAGGGGUUUGGGUCACUAAAGGGUUCAGACUUUGCUUGGCUUUAACAGUUUUCCUCUCCGGUUCGAUGCUGCAGUGAGGCCUUUGUGGCAACAAGGGUAGCAGAAAGCUUUAUCAUGUUUUAUUUGGUGCCUAAGUUUGACAAGACUUCUUUAACUUUUCACCUUGAAUGACAAGAUUGCAUGUGAUUGUGUGUCUGCAUUGAUGUCUGCAUAUUCUGCUUUAUAGAUGUCAUCGAAACGCUGAGAAGUAUCUUAAAAAGCAUAAUUAACAUAUUAAAAAGGUCACUUAAUCAAAAAGAAAAUACCUCCUUUUACAGACCAAUGUGUUUUACCUCACUGUGUAUAUAUUCUCAAUUUGUUUACUCCAAGUUUGCAAUUUAUCUCUUUUGUUUCUAUGAAAUGCUUAAAAAAGUUGAAAGAGAAUAUUUUGUUUUCCUUUUCGAUGGUACUUUUUUGUCAGAUGGCAUUGUAUUGUGUUUGUGUCGUGCCCAAGCAGUAUACUAUUCCUCUUUUACCAUGCUCUGUAUAUGACUUGUUGGUUGUGUUCUGCGUGAGCUGUACAGUCAAAGCGCUUUACAAAUGUCCAAGCCCCCCUCUGAGCUCUGGUACAAAUGCCUUGUUCAAUAUGUUCUUUUGUUUAAUGAAAAAAAGGAAACAAAGAGGGGAGGUGGAGGAGGCUGAAAGUGAGAGGAGGAACUGUAAAGCGAAAACCUCAACAACUGUUGAACCCUCCUCACCUCAACCCUCUUGGCUUUCUAAACAUAUUAUAAUCUUGACUUUUUUAUAUAGUGUGUACAGAUGAAUGAGAGAUCAACAUAGGAACUAGAGGAUUGACACUUACGUUAACUUCUAACAUAGCUGGAGUAGAAAAUGGUGUGAAUAAAGAAACAAAGUUUCACUACAAAA